AUGGCGAGACUAGGCACUGAGACCACAGGGGGAAGGCCAAGUACUCCAAGUGAGCAGACUGCAACUCAGACAGCGAGUGCCCGGCGUACUGCAAAGCGUCGGAGGACUAACACCAGUAGUUUGGCUGACUUUCGCUCCAAGCGUGAGCGGGGAGGUACCUCCGGGCGGACACCGUCACAAGACGAAUCAGUGGGUGCAGCCCAGCUCCCCGAGCCUGUUGCGCAGGCGUCAUCACAGUUGCAGCUGGGCGAGUUGGCUGUGGAAACUCGGUUCCCUGUGAGCGUAGCGGUUCAGAGUCGAGCUCGGAGCUUUGCGCAGUACGGAAUUCUGGAAUGGAUCCGAUUGGAGAACUUUAUGUGCCACCGUUGCUUUGAAGUCAAGUUUGGCCCGAACGUCAACAUCAUAUCGGGACCAAACGGCUCGGGAAAGUCUGCGAUAGUUGCGGCUCUUCAGCUCGUGUUUGGGUCCUCCUCAACGUCCACGGACCGUGGGCGACGUGCAAGAGACCUCAUACGCAUCGGUGCAAGCUCGGGGUUGGUUGCAGUUAGGUUGAAGAACCGGCCUGACGAAACGGAUGCUGUCGACGGGCGCUUUCGACCGGACGUGUACGGAGACUCGAUAGUCAUUCAACGUCGCUUGACGCGUACUGGAGUCUCCAAGUGGAGCUUUCACAACGCUGAGGGCAGACGUGUCCAGACUGAGCGCUCCGCACGGCUUGAGCUCGAGGCCAUCAUGGAUCACUUUUCGAUUCAAGUGAGCAACCCUGUCGCGAUUUUAACCCAGAAGAAGUCGAAGGAGUUUCUCUCUAGUGGCAAACCAUCCGAUCUCUACAAAUUCUUUAUGGAGGCGACGAAGCUCGGUGAAGUUCGUGACGCGCUUAUGGAAGUUCGCAACCAGGCGGCUGAGAUUCGAAGCAUGUACGGUCGGAAAGAAGCUGAGAUACCCCGUUUGCAGACGGAGCUUAAUGCGGCAAAAGCAGCCUUCGAAGAAGCCCAACGCAUCGAACAUCUGGAAGAAGAGCUGAAGAGUCUGAGAGAACAUUACGCUUGGGCUCUUGUCGCUGAGGCGGAGCACCGUUUGGCGCAUGCUCUAGAGGACAGAAAUAAGGCUCAAAAUCUAAUCGAUGAAGGUGAAAGGCGCCUAGGACUUCUUGAAAAUGAGAUUAGUGCCAAAUCUGAUGAACUUAAUAAUCGGAAUCGAGAGCUGCGAGAGAUCAAUGAGAUGAUUAAUCGAGAUAUCUCAGAGGAGACAAACGUCGAGGCGGCGCUACGAGAAGUUCGCGCAGAGAUUCGCCGCCUUGAGCAGCAGCGAGCGCGUUUGAGCUCGAUCCAGACGAAUCGCAAAGAUGAGCGUGAUGCUGUGCUCGCCGAACAAGAAAAACUUCGGCAUCGUAGCAUCUCAUCAGACUCGCAACUCGUGCAGCACCACCAACAGCUUCAACAAUUGAUGGACGAGAUUGCCCGCCUAUCGACGUUGCUGGAAACGAAACGCUGCUUGUUGAACCAGCUCGAAACGCAACUGGAAACCGCGCGGGCCGAUCAAGCUCAGUUACGCACGCGCCUUCAGUUACGGGAAAGUGCGCUGCGCCAAGCAGAACGCAGCCUGGUUGAACUGCAACAGAGCACUCAGGACCCAAGAGUGAUUUUUGGUGGGCCACAUGUCACAGCACUUUUGGCGGAUGUCGAAAGGGCCAUGGAACAGAAAAUCUUUAGUCGGAAACCGAUCGGUCCUCUCGGAUCGUUUCUUCGGGUACGCGAUCCCAAAUGGACGCUUCCUAUUGAGUUCUCUAUCUCCGCGGCUGUUCUUUCGGCUUUUGUUGUCCAUAAUCUCACCGACGCAGAAGCGUUGCGUAGGCUAGCAGAGCAGCGCAAGUAUCCUAUUCCCCGUAUUCUGGUACAGGAUAUGGACGCUCCUUUGUAUCGUCCCCGUGCAGAACUGUUGCCACCAGCUGAGCUUAUCACUGUCCACUCACAAAUACGAAUAGAGGCCCACGAACAGGUUCUGCAGAACGUCUUGAUGGACCACGCAGAGACAGAACUGAAUCUGCUUUUUGAUACGGCAGAGGAUGCACGGCGAGCCGCGUUUGAGCUGCGUCCCCGAAACGCCCGAGUCUGUUGGUCAGCUGGUGGGGAUCGUGCGCAAGUUGGUGCUGGAGGCUCGAAUCAAUUCCGCGCAGGGCCUGAUCCGUCGAGGUACACGCCGAAACUGGCGGGCGAUAUCGAGCAUCAGAUAAUACUGAAGCAAAGGCUACUCGAAAAUGAGCGACGGGAGUACGAACUGCUGAAAGUCCGCGAAACAGAUUGCAAGAAUACUGUAGACGACCUUGAGAGGCGGCGUUCGCAAAUAGCUCAAGAUUUGGUUGGUCUUGAAAACGAGGAGCGCAUGAAGAGACACCGCAUCGAGCUCCUGCGAGAGAGCCGAGAGGAUGAGACCACUGAUGCAUUUUUGCCGGACGCCUAUCAGGAACGCGUAGCGGCGAUCGAUGCAGAACUCGAGUCGAUUUCGAAACAGCUCCAAGUCUACGAAGAUGAAAUAAAAUUGGCUAAGGACAAAGAGAACGAAAUCGAGACAAGAGAUCGCGAUCGUCGCCGCAUGGAAAGAGAGCUCGAUGAGCGCCGACGAGAACUCGCGAAAAAUUGCCGCACUCUCGCGGCAGAGCACGCACAGCUGCAGGCGGAGCUCCAGGCUUUGCGCAGCGGCAUUGAAAAGGAGCAGGUGAAUCUGGGUGCCCUCGAGACGAGGCUGGAGACUUUGCGCAACGAGCUGCGGCGGGAGGAGCAUAACGCGCUGCAAGUCUGUGCCCGGCUGGAAUGCGAAAUACGUCCAGUACAAGAACUGCGUAUCGAGAUCGCUAGCUUGGAAUCACGCGUGCAGACAGAGCAAAAACGCCUGGACGGCUUUUCGAUUUUGCAGUUACAGGAGCGAUAUGAGCGUGCGCAGCAGUCUUAUGAUACAAUUAAGACGGAGCUUGGCGCCCUAGAAAGACUUCUGCAGCGCAUUGAGGACGGGCUCGUCGAGCGUGUGAAGUCGUUUAUUCAGCUCCGGGCUCAGAUCCAGAAGCAUGUUAGCGCCUAUUUCGGCUACUAUAUCCACAUGCGAGGCCAUUAUGGAAGCAUCAAGUUCGAUGACCGAUCCCAGGAAAUGCGCUUACGAGUCGCAAUCAGCCAUCACCGAACGCACGAGGGCGAAUUGUGCUUCGCCCAAGACCUACGCUCGCUCAGCGGCGGAGAACGGUCUUUCACAACACUGGCGCUCAUGCUCGCGCUCGGUGAAGCCAUGGAGGCGCCAUUUCGCAUCAUGGAUGAAUUUGACGUCUUCAUGGACGAAGCAAACCGACGAGUCGCGUACAAAACGCUCAUCGACAUUGCGAAGCGAGAGAGCAGGCGUCAGUUUGUUUUCAUAACACCGCUGACGCUGCCAAACCUGCGCGCUGACCCUGAGUGCGUUCGUGUUGUGCGACUCGUACCGCCAGUGCGUGGUACAGACAAUGUGCAACAGACAAUUCUUGACGAUUUCGCCCCAAACGCAGGAGAUGUCACUGAUCCGCAGUAG